GAAAGCUAUUUAAAACAGUAUUACAUUCUCACCGUCUCUGCCUCUUUUUUUUAUUUCUUUUUUCAAUUUUCUCUUUAUUCUUUCGUUACCUUAUCAUUCAUAAUGAAUCCUCUUUUCCGCUCAACUCUUUUGCGAACUGGUUUAAAGCAACGUACCUCUUUCUUCCUUUUCGGUGGUGCUACAGCUACCGCCGCGACCGUGAAUGCUGCACGUAUUGGAGGCACUCGUAUAUCCAUUAUGCAGGGUCGUGGUUACGCAACUGGAGAAGCAACCAGUAACAAAAAAGGUGGCUCUAGGGGCUUAGUUCUUUUAACUAUUGCUGCUCUCGGUGCUGGUGCCGGUUAUUAUUAUAAUUCUUCUCAGGUGCUCCAGACAAAGACUGUUCCAGCUCAAACUGCCGCUGAAAAGAGAAAAGAAAUUGACUAUCAAAAAGUAUAUAAUGAUAUUGCUGAAAUGUUGGAUGAAAACUCAGACUAUGACGAUGGCUCUUAUGGACCUGUUCUUGUUCGUCUUGCAUGGCAUGCAUCCGGUACUUAUGAUGUAGAGACUAAGUCUGGCGGAAGCAAUGGUGCAACUAUGCGUUUCAAUCCUGAAGCUGGCCAUGCAGCUAAUAAUGGUUUGGCCAUUGCUCGUGAUUUGCUCGAGAAAAUUUACAAGAAAUAUCCUGAAAUCAGUCAUGGUGACCUUUGGACUUUAGCUGGUGUCUGUGCGAUCCAAGAAGCGGGUGGCCCUACUAUUCCUUGGAGGCCAGGCCGUGAAGAUGCUCUCGAAGCCGCCAGCUGUACACCUGAUGGCCGUCUUCCUGAUGCUACCAAGAAGGAGGAUCACAUCAGAGAAGUUUUCUACAGAAUGGGUUUCAAUGACCAAGAAAUUGUUGCAUUGACUGGUGCUCAUAAUUUAGGUCGUUGCCACCCAGACCGCAGUGGCUUUGACGGCCCUUGGCAAGAGGCUCCUACUUUGUUCUCCAAUGAGUAUUUCAAGGCUAUCUCGGAACGUACAUGGAUAAAGAAAUCACUGCCCAAUGGAGGAUGGCAAUGGGUAGACAAGAAUAACCCAGAUGUUAUGAUGUUGCCUGUUGAAAUCUCAAUGUAUAAUGAUAAGGAAUUCAAAAAGUACUUUGACCUAUAUGCUAAGAAUCAAGAUAAAUUCUACGAAGAUUUCGCCGCUGCUUUCAACAAAUUACUCGAGCUGGGCGUACCCUUUAAAGGCGAUGAAAAAGUUUAUCACUUCAAACGUACUACUAAUGAAUAG